AUGGAUUUUAUUGCAUCUUUUGAUAAAUUUGGAGCUGUUUAUAAACCAAAAAUUAAAUAAGAAUAAAAUAACUAUCAAACAGUUCUUGGUGGAAUUAUUUCAAUACUAAUAUAUUUAGUAAGUUUCAUUUACUUUUGUUACAAAAUAUAUUAAUUUGGAAAAAAUGAAGUUAAUCCCAUAUAGUCAAUAGCUUAUGAAUAUACUGAAAAUUUAUUAAUAAAUGAUAUAGGAGAUUUUUUGAGUUUUUAAAUUUUAGGAACUUAGAUUAAUCCUUUUAAUAAGACUGCUUAAGUUCUUGUGCCAAUGAUAAUUUACUAAGGAACUGAGAUGACAGAUUCUGGUAAAUAAUAAUAAGUAUUCCAUAGUAUUUAUUCCAUAUGAGAAUAUAUACAAAAAUGAAGAGAUUAACUUUGAAACAUAAUUAUACACUCCAAAAAAUUUAAGUCUCUAGAAUGGAGAAGGGGAUUAUCCUCAUAAAAUCUUGAUUGGAUUAUAAGUAUGUAAUUCAAAGUAACACAGAAAUUGUGCUGAUGAUACUAUUAUAGAUUAAUUUUUUAAGUAUUUGUAUUAUCAUACAAAAUUAGUUAAAAUAAUCUCUUGAUUAAGACAACUGUUAUAACAGAAUAAUAUAAUUCAUUUUAGAGAAGCAUAAAUAAUAUGUCAACAGAAUUGAUUUUUGCUAUUGAUAGAACCACAACUUUUUAUUAACGAUUGAUUAUGCAGGCUCAACUCUUAGAAAUAGAUGAUGGUCCUCUUCUUCCUGCUUAUAAUUCCAGAUGGAUUUUUAGUGAUUCAUUAGUUCAAACUUAAAGUUUAGGACCAAGUUUUAAGACUGACUUUUCUGCAAUGUUUAUAACUGAAUUAUCUAUGUCAUUUGUAACUCAAAAAAAAGUAGUUUAAUAUAUUAAAGUUGCUUAAGUUCUAGCUGAUGUAGGUUCAAUAUUUUCAAGUCUUAUGUUAUUCAGUAUUAUUAUAUCUUCUUUCAAUGAAUUUUUAAUGGAAUAAGAACUUAUUUAAUAAGUAAUUGAGAUUUAUUAUCCUUAAUUUUCGAAAUUGCAAUUAAAACGAUUAUUUAAUUUUGGUCCUAUAUCUGAAGUAAGAUUUUAGGGUAAAACUGUUGAUCUAGAAUAAUUUUAAAAAUUCUAUAAAAAUGCUAAGACAAUAGCCAAGAAUAAAUUAACUGUGCAUAGUAACAUAUAUUAGACAUCUAGAUUAUAGUUUGCUAUUUAAGGAUUAAUUGCACGUGAAGCUUUAAAGAAAUUAAAAUCUUAAGGAAUUAAAUUAAAUUUGAAUUAUGAUAAUACAUUUAAAUCUCCUAGAGAAAAUUAGGUAUAGGCAUCAAAAUCACCAGUAAUAGAAUAUCAAGAAAUAGAAGAUCAUAUAAAUCUAUAAUUUAUAGAUGAAGAUUUUGAUUUAUUUGAAUAAGAAGAUAAUUAAUAACAUGAUAAAUAAAAAAUAAUUGAUGAAAUUUAAGUACAAAAUUUACAAUGA